UUUUUUCUACAAAUAGUUCCCAUAGUCGUUCUCAACUCACAAGCCAGAUCACCCACAGAGAAACUCUUUUUUUUCAGUAGACAGAAUGAAUAAAUCCUCCUGUAUUCGCGUCAACUUUAACUUUGAACACAGAUUCCUUCCUCCUGUUUACAUCUUAGUCUUCGUCAUCGGUCUGCUGGCUAAUGGAUGGGGAUUGAAGCCUUUGCUGCAGAAAUGGAAGAAACUGGGUAUCGUUAAUGUAUUUGUUCUCAACCUCGGACUUGCUGAUAUUUUGUACCUGCUCACGCUCCCCUUUUUGGUGGUGUACUACUACAUGAAGAGCAAGUGGAUCUUUGGGGACGCAUUCUGCAAGAUAACACGAUUCUGCUUCAAUCUGAAUUUAUAUGGCAGCAUCGGGUUCCUGACGUGUAUAAGUGUGUACAGGUACCUGGCUAUUGUCCAUCCAAUGAGAGUGAUGGGAAGAAUAACUGUCACUCACUCUGUGGGGAUCUCAGCCAUGGUUUGGGUCUUGGUGAGUGUCCAAAGUCUUCCAGACAUGUUCUACAGCAAAACAUUUGGAAACAAGCCUGGGAAAUGUUAUGAUACUACGCAUAAGACAUAUGUGGAGGAUUACCUGAAAUACAGCCUUGGAUGGACAUUCACUGGGUUCUGUAUCCCAUUGCUCAUCACACUGGGCUGCUAUGGACAUGUGGUUGUCGUUCUCUGUCGCACAAAUGCCACUGACAAGGAACUGAAACAGAGAUGCUUGAAGUUGUUGUUCGUCGUGAUUCUUCUCUUCUCUGUUUGUUACAUCCCCUAUCAUGUACUGAAGAACCUCAACCUCUGGUCAAGAGUUCUGCAAAAACAGAAGAUAUGCCGGGAAUGGUUUAACGGAGUCUACGUUGCUCAUCAGAUAAGUCGUGGCCUUGUGUGUCUGAACAGUGCUCUCAACCCUCUGGUUUACCUCCAUGGAAAUGAAGAUAUUAAUGCUCAGCUCAGACAGCUGCUCCAACAAGCUCGUCAGAUGUUCAGCCAGUUUCCGUCAAACUCCUGCGGUGUGCCUGUGGCUCAAACUGCAGAUGAAGUUUAACAAGAGUUAGGAUUUUAACACAACCGGUUAUAGUAAUAGAUAUGCAGCUAUCAACACAACUAGUAGUGUGAAAUGAUCACAAUGUAAAUUAAAUCUUCUGUCUUUUUCUUUUGAGUUGCUUUCUUUGCCUAAAAAUUAGUUUUGCUUUACAUCUGUGCUGUGGUCUUUGGGUUUCAUGAUGUGAUUAUCACAUGCUAAGUCUUCCAAAUAAAGGAAGUUAAGAUAA